AUGGACGUCCUGAAUGAAGAGCUACGUACAUAUUGCAGAGCACUGCCUAAAGUGGAGCUGCAUGCGCAUAUCCACGGAUCUAUUCGGCCGUCGACGCUGGAAGAACUUUUACAUGAUGAAGCAACAUUGAACGGUUCAGAGCCACGACGGCUCCCAAAAAAGCGAAGUUUAGACGAGUGUUUUACGAUGUUCGGGCUGAUCCACCAAGUUGUCGUCAGUCGCCGCGUACUCCGUCGAAUUGUCGUUGAAGCGGUGGAAGAUUUUGCUGCAGAAAACGUAAAGUAUUUAGAGUUGCGAUCUACACCGCGAGAUCUGCCGAGAGAUGGUGCCAGUCGUGCAGAUUACGUGGAUGAAGUGGUGUCAGCACUUGAGAAAUGCAAUGCGCGACGAGAUUUAAACAUUGAGGUGCGUCUGUUGCUAAGUAUCAACCGGAAUCAGUCUUUGCGUCUGGCAGAAGACACUGUUAACAUGGCUCUUGAGCGCAAGCACAAGCAGAACUGUCGGCUCAUUGUAGGCAUCGACCUCAGCGGCAACUCGGAGCGCCCGAAUUCCGCGUUCAAGCGCUUCGAAAACGUGCUAGAGCACGCACGAGCGGGCGGUCGUCCAAUACAUUCCUAG